AUGAGGCGGAAGGAGGCGGACAGAGUUAAUUUUACCGGCCGCGCGCAGGCGGAGGUGCACUGUCUGCUGAACUGCGACUUCUUUUCCAUCCUGAAGUGCCACGAGGACUUUGCCAAGAAGGACCCUCUAGAUGGGGAGAAUCUCUUAAUGAUAGCUCUUGUGCUUGACUACGCGAAUGCUGGGGACCUCCGCCAGGAAAUCAAGAGCCGUGCCAAGGCGUCCCGAGCAUUUCGUGAGCACGAGGCAGGCCUUCUCUUCAUUCAAGUCCUCCUUGCGCUUCAUCACGUGCACUCGAGACACAUGAUUCAUCGUGACAUCAAGACGGCCAAUAUCCUUCUUUGCAGUAAUGGGCUUGUGAAGCUCGGGGACUUUGGCUUCGGCAAGAUGUAUUCCGCCACGGUCUCGGGCGACGUCGGCAAGACGUUCUGCGGCACACCGUACUACGUUGCGCCGGAGAUCUGGCGACGGAAGCCCUACAGCAAGAAGGCCGACCUCUUUUCC